AUGGCGUCCGCGAACGCGCCCGCGACGACGCCGCGACCGCUCGCGCGCGUUCGACGGGGCGCGCGCGCGGUGGCGCGCGCGAGAGAACCGCGCGCGGAUGGGUCGAAGAAUUCUGAAUCCUUCGCCGGCGUCGACCGCGGGGUGUUCGGUGACGGUGAGUACGCCGAUCCGGCGAUUCGACGGAAAGUCCUGUCGCUGCGCGAACGGUUGUCGGACGCGAUGCGGUUGGAGAAUUGGCGCGCGGCGGCGGCGAUUCGAGAUGAGAUCGAGGGGCUGCGGAGGCGGGAUCCGCUCGCGCGCGCGGCGGACGCGUUGGAGGCGUGCGUGGUGGAUGAAGAUUACGAGUGCGCGUCGAACGCGAAGGCGACGAUCGAGGAACUCGAACGAGACGCCGUGGUCGAGAGGUUGGCGCCGUGUGAGAGCGAACGCACGAGUCAUGGGAUUCGAGUGCGCGCGCGGUCGAGGUGCGUGACGGAUCGAUCGGCGCCGAAAGAAUCCAAGUGGUUCUUUCAGUACGUGGUGACGAUCACGAACGUGACGAACGCGAAGAGCGUGAAGUUGCUCUCUCGAAGCUGGCUCAUCACCGAUGAGGAGGGCAAGUGCGAGGCGGUGCGAGGCGCGGGCGUGGUCGGGAAGCAACCGCUCAUUCGUCCGGGCGAGACGUUUGAAUACGCGUCGUCGACGCCGCUGAACACGCGACGAGGGACGAUGGAAGGAUUCUAUCGAUUCGUCGAGGUCGAACGCAGGGAUGAGGCGCGCGCCGAGAACGCGCCGAUGGAUGUCAGCCGCGAGGACGACGUCGACGCCUUCAACGUCGAGAUCGGCGUCUUCGGUCUGUCGGAAUCCGUCACCAUGUGA